GCCCGAGCCAUUCUUGCCUCUCUGGCCCGCUCCGCCCGCGAGCUGGUAGAUAUCCCAGAGUUCCGCUCGUCGCAGGCCCUUCCGCCGCGGCAGCCAUUGUAGAAUAACAGCCAUGGCUCUGCGCUACCCCAUGGCCGUGGGCCUCAACAAGGGUCACAAGGUGACCAAGAACGUGGGCAAGCCGAGGCACAGCCGCCGCCGCGGGCGUCUCACGAAACACACCAAGUUCGUGCGGGACAUGAUCCGGGAGGUGUGUGGCUUCGCCCCUUACGAGCGACGAGCCAUGGAGCUGCUCAAGGUCUCCAAGGACAAGCGGGCCCUCAAGUUCAUCAAGAAAAGGGUAGGUGGGAUUCCCGUGCGGGGGCCCGGUCUGGGACUCGGGGCUCAGGCUCACGGCCCUCCUUGCCCGGCAGGUGGGGACACACAUCCGCGCGAAGAGGAAGAGAGAGGAGCUGAGCAACGUCUUGGCCGCCAUGAGGAAAGCGGCAGCCAAGAAGGACUGAGCCCUUCCCCUCUGUUCACAAUAAAUCUUGCCCAAAACUCGGCGUUUCUCUGCUGCCAUUGGAAGUUAAAGGGUAGUUCACCGUUGAGAGUUGGGGGGGAGGGUCCCACCCCCUGGAGCAUUCCGGAGAGGUGGUGGUGAGCAACAAAAGAGGCCACAGACAAGCAGUACUGGAAACGGUUUUUAAUCAUAAUUAAAUACACUGAUUGAGUCAUAGUAA